AUGACGCGACUCGCUUCCGCCGCCCUCUUCUUCACGAGUGCCACAGCUGCCGGUUUGCUGCGAGCGUUUGGCCAGAAUGCACUGGUCCAACUCAACGUCUUUGACUCGUGCGCUGAUGCGCUCUUCGUGGCCAAUUGCGUGGGCAAUCAACUCGUGUACCGCAUCAGCUUUAGCUUGAGCUCCUUCUUCCUGCUCACGGCGCUGCGGAGCUGCACGGGAGUGGCCACUAAAACGUGCGAGAGCGUCUGCUGCCUGCUGUUCUGCCAGCUGCCGUUCUACUCGGGACUGCUCGUGGUGUCGCUCUUGAUGCCCAACGCUUUUUUCAACGCGUACGUGGUCAUUGCGCGCGUGUCGUCGGCACUCUUUAUCAUCCUGCAGCUCGUCAUCAUCGUCGACUCGAGCUAUCGUCUGCGGGACUACCUUCUGGACAAGAUGGACGACGCUGACCGUGACGACGAUGCUCGUAACGCGUUGCUCGGUACUAACAUUGGUCCAGCGCAAGGCUGCAGAAUGACAAAGACGAUGUGGGAAGGAGCGUACGUCGCACUGGUGUUCGUCGGAAUGCUCGUGAUGGUCAUAGGGAUAUCGAUGAUGUACACGCACUAUGGCGCGUGCGGCAUCAACGUUCUUCUCAUCUCAAUGGCACUGCUGUCGGCCAUCGUUCUGAUGGUGUUGAGCGUCGUGACGAGGGCAAACGCGGGGCUCUUGCCAUCCACCACGGUCUCCCUUUGCCUCAUGCUGCUAUGUUAUCAGGCAGUCCAAGCGAACCCGAGAGCGUCAUGUGCACCAGUGCCUUCGUUGACCAAAGAGGAGGCCCAGGCACAAUCGGGUAUGAUAAUGAACUCUUUCAUUGCAGCGUUCACGAUCACCUGGACAAGCUGGCAAACGUCAUCGACCAGCACAAUUUUUCUCAGCUCGUCGUCUGCAAAGACACUUCGUGACGAUAUCGGCGAGAAACAUGACGAAGAGAUAGCAAGUGUUGUUGAUCUGACUCCAGCUCACUUGGCUAACGGCGAUUCUCGCGAAGUGGCUGAGUACCAGUUUCACGUACUGAUGGUGCUGGCGUCGCUUUACAUGGCAAUGGGUCUCACAAACUGGGGAAGCUUUGACGGGUCCUCGUCAAGCGAUGAUGCGGUCUUCAGUAUGUGGGUCAAAGCGAUCUCGCAGUGGGUGGCAUCAGGGCUAUUUGUUUGGACGCUCGUGGCGCCUUCCCUGUUUCCCGAUCGUGAGUUUUCGUAA